CUAAAGAAACUAAGUUGACAGCUCCGGUUCUUAAAUAUAAACAACUUUGCCUCACGUGUUGAAAUAAAAGUUAUUUUUUCUGGUCCAAUAUAUACGCAACUGAUUAGUAAGCGCUAUGUCGGAACCAGAGCCAGAUGUCAAGCCCAACAUACUAAUAACCGGAACUCCGGGAGCGGGGAAAUCGUAUUUAUGCGAGCGUAUAGCCUCCGAACUAAAGUUUGAGUGGCUGGACUGCUCAAAAAUCGCCAAGGAGAACAAUUUUAUAGAGGAAUAUGACGAGGAGUACGAUUGUCCCAUUCUGGAUGAAGAAAAGCUGAUGGAUCACUUGGAGCCCCUGAUGGCAAAGGGGGGCAUCGUCGUCGAGUAUCAUGGCUGUGAUUUCUUCCCAGAGCGCUGGUUUCAAGCCGUCUUCGUGGUCACCUGCCCCAAUACAACGCUCUACGAUCGUCUGAAGGAGCGCAACUACAACGAAAAGAAACUGACAUCCAAUAUUCAGUGCGAGAUCUUUGGAACCAUUUUGGAAGAGGCCCGCGGUUCCUACAAAUCAGAUAUAGUAUUCGAACUUAAGGGCGAGACAAAGGCUGAUGCCCAUACAAGCUUGAAAACAGUUAAAAACUGGUAUCGUAUGUGGAAAAGAAAAUAAAAGAGCGAUUGGUAGUUUGUUAUACUCGUUAUCUUA